CCCGCUGCGGCCGCGGGAUCGCGAUUCCCACCGAUUUUCGUGAAGCAAUUGGGUUCCUCCCUCCGUGAGCCGCCGGGAAAUUAAUCCAGAGAUCGGGGUGAUUGAAGGACGAAAUGUCGUCGGCGAGCUCGCCCUGUGCGGCCUGCAAGAUGCAGCGGCGGAAGUGCACACAGGACUGCGUGUUUGCGCCGUAUUUCCCGCCGGACCAGCCCCAGAAAUUCGCCAACAUCCACAAGGUGUUCGGCGCGAGUAAUGUCUCGAAAUUGCUCAACGAGCUCAACGCCGGCCAGCGGGAGGACGCCGUGAACUCGCUCGCAUAUGAGGCGGAGUACCGGCUGCGAGAUCCGGUGUACGGCUGCGUGGGGCUCAUCUCCGUUCUCCAGCAGAAACUGAAACAGGUCCAGCGAGAUCUGAACGCCGCCAAGAGGGAGUUGGCCUCUUACAUCGGACCCACUGCUCUGGCACCACUAUUUCCGGCCGGUGGAUUCGUGCAGAACAACAACCCCAACCACCCGUCUCCAUCUGGCAUUCCUUAUUCCAAUUUUCAGCAGCAGUUGAUAAUUCAAGAUCCCCAUCCUCCGCCACCGCCUCCUCCGCCGCCGCAACAGCAGCAGUUUCUAGAGCCCCAUCACUUGAUGGUGAUGGGGGAGCCGGCGGCCGAGAUGUUCAGGGCAUACGAGCAACAGCAAAUGCAGCCGCUCGAUCUGAUGUCGUUUAACAAUAUCGGAUUUGAACCCUUGAACGGAGGCGGGCCCGUUACUGCCACCGGGUAUCAUCAAGCCAGUCCGGCGCCGCCGCCGCCCCCAUCAUUGGGAUUAGGAGCAUACCAUCACAACACUUGCUACCCGAUUCUUCUCAAGCCCCUUGGCCAGGCUGCCCCCAUCGUUCAAAUCCUCGCUGGAUUCCUAUUAGGUCCGUCCGGAUUGUCACACAUCCCGGCGGUGAACAGUUUCUUCCUGCAGAAUUUCGCGGCGGAUUACUAUGAAUUCAUGGCGGUCCUCUUCAGGAUCAUAAUCAUGUUCCUAAUUGGCCUGGAAAUGGACUUCCCCUACUUCCUCCGCAAGCUCCGGCCAGCCAGCAUCAUAGCAUGCGGUUCAUGCUUGGUGUGCACUUUCUUCGCCGCCGCGAUAACAUCGUUCGUGUACCAAGAGACGUCGUCCCACGGCUCCGGGUUCAUGAUGGGGUUGAUGAUCACCAUCAUCCUGGCCAGCACCGCCUCCCCCGUGGUGGUCCGUCUGGCGGUCGAUUUGAAAUUCGCGACUUCGGACAUCGGACGCAUGGCCAUCUCUUCCUCCUUGAUCAACGACGCCUACGGCGUGGUGUUGCUGUUCGUGAUCUCCAAGACGAGGCAGCACUAUUCCUACACGGCGUGGGUUUUCCUCGGCCUGCUCUACCUCUUUGUGGUGGCGGUCGUGGUGGUGGUCAACAUGUACGUCGCGAACUGGAUGAACCGGCGGAACAGGAACCAGAAGUACCUUAAGAACGCCGAAAUGUUCGGGCUUCUGGCUAUUCUGUACAUCGUCGCCAUGUCUCUUGAGCUCAUGGGAUUCAGCAGCUUGAUAUUUUCCUUCCUCAUCGGGUCGAUGUUCCCGCGCGGGGGGAGAGCGGCCCGGACAUUGUUGACCAAACUCACGUAUCCGGUUCACAACUUCAUACUCCCGAUUUAUUUCGGGUACUUCGGGUUCAAGGCGGAUGUGGCAUUCAUCAACAGCCUACGGAAUUUCUGCAUCGUGUUUUUCGUGAUGCUGCUGAGUUUUGGAGGCAAGAUUGUUGGCACUUUGGCUGCUUGCUAUCACCUCAAGAUUCCCUACUAUGAAGGAGUGCUCAUGGCUUUCCUAAUGAACCUGAAAGGCCAUGUUGACUUGCUGGCUUUAACUAUUGGGUCAACAAACAGAAUCAUACUGAGUGACACAUUCUUCAGCUUGAUGAUAUCAGCAGUGGUGUUGAACUCAUUGAUAUGGGGACCCAUCAUAGCUUUGAUG